AACCUGCUUGGUCGUUUUGUCAGUGCAGAUGAUGACUGUAUGAUGAUUAUUGUGUACAUAAUUCUUCUAACUGAGCAGGUUAGCUCGAUGCUCAUCAGACUCCCUUGCAGAGAAUAAAGGAAGAGGUGUGGGGGCUCGUGCUGCUGCUGCCAUGCUGCAGAUUAAAAACAGUGUUUGUAAGUCAGCCUCUGGGUUUGCUGCAUUGUCUCAGUCAAAUGCAGCCAAUAAAGUAAUUGGUUUUGCAUGUUACUGGAAGCGGAUUUGAAUCCUCCAGCCUGAUGGUAGCUACGCCCCCCUGUGCCAACUUGUACCCAAAUCAAAGCAAAGGUCACUUGGAGGCUGGUCCCCCAGGUGAAGCUGCAGCUUACCUGCUGGUGCUUCCCUCACUGAACAGAAAAGUAGUAAGGUUUGGGAGUGAAUGUGUAUUUUUCUCUUUGUCUUUUUGUUUUCUUAGCGUCCCAGUGGAUGUUAAAUAUUUUAUUUCCCAACGCUGCUUUUUUGUGUAAUCUGAAGGUUACACCGAUUCUACCUAACACCACCUACUAGUUUUUCUAUUUCUAUUUUAAUUUUAGCCUACCUGUGUCUCUCUCCUGUUGUUUAUCUGCAUAUUUUUGCACUAGUAAGCCAGUCACUGCACCUCCUCCUCCCUCUUCUUUUUCCAUUUUAUGUCAGGUUCCAGACCUCCAGUGCUGAAAAAUGAAGCAAACCCCCCCCCCGCAGUUCCUCUAAUGGCCACUGGAGGCUGGCUCCAACAGUUGUUAAAGCUGUUAAAAUGGCCAACUUCACAGUUUACAAAUUUUCUUGAAGCCAGUGGUGUCGUGGUUACUUUGAGCACUUGGCAAGUGAAAGGUUGCUAAGCUCAAAGCUAAUCUGCUUUAAGGUUGGGAAGAGAGUAAAACUGCAAAAUCAAACACGCUGUGGUGAUCCCUUGUGGCAACACAGGAGCUGAAAAAAGGGGGUUAUAUUGUGGCUCCAUUGGUUAAUUUGCCCUUAUGCACAACAAAGCCACAGAGACCCAGCAUCAGUCACAAGCCAGGAAAUAAAGGAAGAGCUGAAAGCAGCGGUUUAAUAUGUUUGUCAUAAAUUUUAAGCUAUACCUGCUGUUGUGAGGGCUGAGAAGGAAAGUAAUGAAAUCUAAAAUAUGCAAUUUCAUUACUCGCAUAUUUUGCAGUUUCAUUAUUACCAAAAUUAACAUUUAUUAUUAUUUGUAAAAAACAGAUAAAGGUGGCAGUGUGUGUUAAUGCUAAAGUAAAAUACUAGAAUUUCACUCACCAAAACUAGAGCACAUACUUCUUGGAUGGACUGUACCUCACAGUGAGCCGUAUUAUUAUAUGUCAGAUAUUUUUAUGAAAAGACACGCUGAGAGGUCCAGUUCAGUUUACGUGAAGUCCAGCAGACAGUCGGCAGCUACAACCACCUGUUUCAGCAUCCACCUGUCUGUCAAAGAGGCCAUGCCCCUAACUUUAAACCUCAGCAAAAUCACAACAGGUGACUUAUAUAAAUGUUAUAUAGACUGUAUAGUUGGCAAGCAGGUGGAAAAUAUCCAUAAAGACCAAAACUGUUUUAUCAGGCUGCAAACAUUUUAACAUGAUGGUCUAUGAGGACUGACUCUGUUGUAACCAACCUCUAGUGGGCAUUAGAGGAACUGCAGUUUGUGACACUUCCAUGCUACAUCAUUGUUAUCACUGACAAUGAUGUACAUCAUUGUCAGUGAUACUUUUAGUCAAUAACACAAGCUGCCAGAGGUCAGUGAUAAUCAUACAGGCGACCUUCUGGUGUUUAUUAAUGAAAGAAAACCAGUUAAAAAACAUGAAGAAAAUGAAUAAGUUAUAUAAAAGUCAACAUAAUAAGAAGCUAAAUGAGUGGCUAUGCCGUCAAGGACACCAGAACACCAAGCCUGCCAAAAACCUUUUUGAGCUCAGUGUUACAUUGUUUAAAAGCACAUGUUAGGGAAACUCUAGAUUUAUUUUACUUUCUGAAUCACGACCCUGUUUGGGCAGUGCUGGGACUUGAUGUAAUCCAGAUGUUUUGGGAGGUGAAAGAACCCCAGAAUUCCUCCAUAGAUUUUUCUAGUCUGGGUUUCCUUACGGUACCCCGACAGAGUGUGUGAGUACUCGUAUUACGGUUGUUGUGGAGACGGAUCCGUCACUUUGCGGGGAUGUGCAGCUCUUUCCAGUCCCUGUGAGCUCAGGUGUUAAAUCUUUAAGGCUAACACUUGGUUACAGGUUAAGCUCGGGAAUGUUGUCAGCCCCGAUGGGGUAAUUCUCCAGGAAAUGAAUGUAAGUGAGCUAUGAGUUGGACCGAAUGAUGCCGAUUCGUUGCUGUCCAGAUUUCCUCUUCCCCUCAGGACGGCAGAUGACUAAUCCUGUGUUGCUCCAGGCAACGAGAGGAAAAUCACCACCAGCUGCAGCCAAGCACUGCAGAGCGUCUCUGGUGUUUCUGGUGGGUUAGUCUCCUCUGCAGGUUUGAAUCUGGUUUUGCUGAAGAGGGUUGAGGAAAACGAGCUCCAGGUCCUGGAAAGCGACCUGCUGAACCUCUCAUCAACUGUGCUGAAUACUGCAGACCGGGUUUGAGCUGUAGCUGUGUGGCCGGGCAGCCUGGCUGCCCCCCUGCCUCCAGAUGAAUGAAGAACACUCCGGGACACAGAGACACAGCUGAUACAGGGCAUGCAGGUGUUUCUGCCAAUAUGAUGAAGAAAAAGAACCCGCACAAGAAGCAUAAGAGCAGCCUCGGCCCGCCCACCAAAGUCCUGUCACAGCCUCGACGCAACAUCGUUGGCUGCCGGAUCCAACACGUCUGGAAGGAAGGAGGAGGACAUGUGAUCUGGAAAGGAACUGUACUCGACCAGGUGCCUGUGAACCCGUCUCUCUAUCUGAUAAAGUAUGAUGGAUUUGACUGUGUUUAUGGUUUGGAGCUUCAUAAAGACGAGAGGGUUCAGGGACUGGAAGUGCUCCCCGACAGACUUGCUAAGUCCCGUCUGACAGACGUCAACCUGGCCGACGCCAUGAUAGGUAAAGCGGUGGAGCACAUGUUUGAGACGGAGGAGGGUCCGAAGGAGGAGUGGAGGGGUAUGGUGCUGGCCCGGGCUCCCAUCAUGACCAGCUGGUUCUACAUCACCUACGAGAAAGACCCUGUCCUGUACAUGUACCAGCUGCUGGAUGACUACAAAGAAGGAGACCUGCGCAUCAUGCCCGACUCUAACGACAGCGUCCCAACAGAGAGGGAGCCGGGCGAGGUGGUGGACAGCCUGGUGGGUAAACAGGUCGAGUACGCCAAAGAGGACGGCGGCAAAAGAACAGGCAUGGUCAUCCACCAGGUAGAGGCCAAGCCGUCCGUCUACUUCAUCAAGUUUGACGAUGACUUCCUCAUUUAUGUGUAUGACCUGGUCAAAACUUCGUAAGACUCUGUGGAUUUCCUGAAGCUCACCCAAACCCAGUGCGAUGGAAAGAAAAUGCAGCACACGUGGAGACAUCUGGAGCAUUUAACCCGGACUUGUUCUUCGGACCAUCAAAGAUGAAAAUAAAGACUGAAAAGAAGAUUUUUCAUAGCGGAAAAUGAGAAGAAAGGCUGUUUUUGCGAGUCAACUUGUUUCUCUGCAGGAACGUUUAAAAUGGAAAAAAAGACCUCCUUUAAACCCUUAAAAUAAUAGGAAAAAGUUACCUUUAAUAGGUCUAAAAGCUUUUGAAGCCCUGUGUUACAUUUCUGGAAAAAAAGAAAGUUAUAUAAAAGAUCAAUUUUAGAUUAGAAAAUAAUACAACAUGGAUUAGAUUCAAGAAGAGGCUUUUUUUUUUUUUUUUUUUUUUUUUUUUUUUUUUACUAAACAGCGAUCUAGUGAAUAGAUCAAUAGUAGCCACCUCUUUUUCGCUUGAGCAUUUAAAGAUUCUUCUGGAAAGAUUUCUGUGCCAUGUUUUCUACUUAAGCUCACCUGGCCACAGAAAAACAAGCAGACUCCCAGUGAAGAAAUGUAGCCUGAAGCCGGUUGUUGGAAGGGACUUGACUUGAAAUCAACAAAUCAAACAGACAGAAGAUGAUGAUGAUGAUGAUGAUAAAGAAGAAGAAGAAGGAUUCUUGGACUGGAACAUUUCCAGUCACAAUGAAGGAGGACUUGGUGUUUGGACUCAGACGCCACAUCUCAGUGUUGACAAUAACUUCUCCAUCUGCCUAGCAUUACCAUGUAUGGAAGCUCAUUUCUGCCAUGAUUAAAAAAUACUCAUGCUAAAGGCAGUAUUACAAUAUUUCUAAGUAAAAAUCAUGACGUCCUAAAUCCGAAUAAUCAGAUAGUUUUGAAGGGUACCUAGAUGCGCCCUUUGGUAUAUGCUCCACUGAAUCAUGAAUUCAUACAUUCGCAUUUCUGUGUGAAUAUACAGAAUUUGUAGUUCAGGCUCUGUUGGCCAGUAACAAAGGUAAACGGAGCAAAGCAAGCGAGGAUUGUCUGACAGUGAUUUAACUUUUAUUUUUUUUUUAUUUAUAUGCAGAUAGAACAUGACAGCCAGAAAUGCUGGUUGUUCCCAGGGGUUAAUUCAGCAAAUAUGUCCAAAAACAUCCAAUCAUUUUCACAAUUUUAAAAGUUUAGUUAGUUUAGUUGUUUAAAGAAAAUCUGAAUCUGAAUCUUGACUAUUUUUUUAGGUUCAUUUCCGACAUGAGUUUUAUUUAAUAUUAUAAAGUUUUACAAACAAAGCCAAAAGUAUUCACUUAUUAUGUUGAUGUUGAACUAAGUAAACAGUAUUUCAUUUUAAGAUCAGAUUAAAUAAUACUUUCACUUGCUAGCUAAUAUUUAAACGAAUGAUUUACCAUCCUUGCUCAGUGAGAUAAAAUCUUUGCCUUUAAAACAGGGUCAUGUCUCAUAAGUCUGACUAAGCAAGGCUUUUAUUGUUGGUUUGUUUUUGUUUUAUUUAAAUGGUCAUUUUUUUUCUUGGUACAAACGGGCUUCCAUACACCAGAACUCCAUAAGACAGGAAGUGAAACAAACUGGUUCCAUUUUGACAGUUUAAUGUCAAAGCUGGACUUUGUAAAGGCCUGGAAACCGUUGGCCCAAACUAAACGCCUUCAUCAAAGCCGGAUGGUUUGGUGACAUCUCUCUGAAAAAGGAACUGUUGAAAACAUCAAAAUGACCUUUGGAAAUAUCCCAAACGCCAAUUUGUGGCCCAUCGGAUUGGAUGAAGGAAAAACUACAUUUUUUGUUUGGCUCUUGUACAGAGGAAACCAAGGUUAUUUUCAUCACAUUGUGCGCUACUCACACAGGCUCCAUGUUUAAAAAAAAAAAAAAAACCUCAUCUAAAAUCUCAAGCAGUUCUAAACUGUGUUUUUAAAAAAAAAAGAAAGAAAAAAGUUAUUUGUUUUUGUUCCUUUUUUGUUUUCGUCUUUGCCAAAAGUCCCCCUUCCUGUCGUGAGGUUGUUUGAUGUUAAAGAUGAUUGGACAGCUUUUUUUCCUGUUUUUUCUUGUGAUAUCACUAAAGCCUUUGAAUUUACUCUCGUGUUGUCUUUUCUAAGUCGUCAAAAAAAAAAAAAAAGGAAAAAUGGGGCAGAGAAAACGAAACUGAACCAUGGCCAAAGCCCUUUCUGUCCUUUUGGAGUUUGUUUAAAAAAACAAAACAACAAAAAAAAAAACUUGUCAUGGACAGCAGGCAAACACCUGGCUGUGCCACUAUUCAUGGAAAAACAGACUUUGAGAGCAGAAAGCCUGACUUAAUGCUACUUAAACCUGAAAGGUUGGAGGCGUGAAGAAUGCUUCCUGGACACUUUGUAUUGUGUGUUGGACUUUUGAAGUCACCAGAACGCACGAGGACAGACAGAUUUGCUGUAGCACUACAGUCAUGUUUCCAACCUUGAAACCAUCGGUGAGACCUGAAACUUUUGUCAAGAGCGUUGGGAGCCUAAAUCCGGUUCACUUCCAUGUUUGGCUUGAUAACAUUAUAACUGAAAAUAUCCCAGUUUGUAUUUACACACAAACCAAAAGAUCACAGACUCCUCGUGGGCAGAUCGGAUCUUCUCCUGGACAUCUUGGAAAGCGCUCACGAGGUGAUCCGGUCUGCUUCACAGCAUGUAUGCAGUAAGAGAGGACACAAUCGGUCGUGUUUAGUAUAUAAAGAGAUUAACAGCCAGUGAAGGUUUGAAUUUGUUUUGUCACAGAUGUACUUUUUAUUUUAUUUGGAUUUACUCCAGACUGAAGGUUUUCUAAAAACUACUGUUUAUUGUACUUAUUUGAACUGAAGUUAAAGGGAACCUAUUCUGUUUACUGCUACUAGAGUCACUUUGUGUGAUUCAGAAUUCAAAAUAAUCCCUAAAAAGCAAGCAAAACAUCAUUUAUACUGCAGAUUUCCCUCCAGGAGGAAGCACGAUGUGCUGGUUCUUGCCAAACCUCUGUAUAGGCUGUGAAUUUUAGCAUGGGAAAAGAAAAAACGAGCAACAAUAGCAUAGUAAAAAAUUAUGAAACUCAUAAGUUAAAUCCAUAACAUACAGAUUCAAUAAAAUAAUUGAAAGCUUAAAAUAAAACAAUCAUAAUCAACCUUGCUUAUCUGAAACAAACAGUUUUAGCUCUUCCCCUUUUGUUCUGAAUUGCCCCUCCCCCUAUACAGGUGGGUGGGACUUCUGUUGUCAGAUGACCAUAUUAGGGAUAUCCACUCUCUCUGACUUCAUGCAGAGCCAAGAGUAGAAAAAAAAACUGAGUUUAAAGCAGUCUGAAGUUUAAACUUUUGCUUCAGAUUUAUAAACAAUAAUGGUUUUAAUAAGAGGUGCCAAUAUAACAUUACUGACAAUGAUCAUAAUCAGUAUUUAAAAAUAACAUUUUUAUUGCAUCACAAAUGCACAUAUGAUAAUAUCUUAAUCCAGGCUGAGGGUUUGCAGUUUAUUUACUACUGCAGAAACAGCUCAACUGUUGUUGGCGUUUCUGUUGCCAUGGCAACUGCUCACUAAUUGUGUUGCCCGCACACACACGCACACACACACACACACACACACCUCCCAAAGACAGACUGAGUCACUUCAAAUCCUGAGGUGGUUUCUCAGGAUUUGACCUUCUGCCAGCUGCUCCGUGAGCGCCUGUGCAUCUGAUCGAGUCUGUGCAGUUUGAUGCUGAAUUGUAGGUGUACACCUGUGACGAAAAAAAAAAAAGGAAAAACAUAAUAGGUUCCCUUUAAAAUACUUGAGUCUGUUCUGAGUCAGUGUUUCGUCAUUCGGCUACAUUUGUGGGAUAAACGGGGAUCUCCUACAGGCUGCUGUCAAAGCCGGUGAACUCCAGACACGAGGGCAGCUAGCUGAGUUGAUUGCACUGUUCAGGCUGUUUGUAACGGUGGAAAUGUGCUUGGAUGCUUUGGCUGAAUCGAUGUACAGAACAGUUUUUCUUUGUGAAGCCUUCAGUGUGUGUACUUCCUGUAAUGUAGUUAGUUGCAAAGGCAGAUUAAAGCUCUUAUUAUUAUAACCGCUCUUUAAAAAAAAGAAAAAAGAAGAAGACAGACCCUCUGUGAGGUCUGUAAGUCUCUGCACUUGUGUAUCUGUUUUGUUUUUCAUUGAAAAAGAAGUAUGAUUGUGAUCAUCUCAGCCGGCACUAUUUUAAUCAGUUAACUAAAUAACGCGUCGUUGCUAAGACUCGACUCCCAGCCAGGUUAUGUCGGUUCAUUUUUGCUCUUAUUAUGAUACCAGAUUAUUGUGGUUAAUGUUGGAAUGACAUGGGCCUUCUAUCAUCCUUUUGCCUUGUAUUGUUUGUUUUUGUAUGUUUAAAAAAAUGUAUGUUAAUAAUUUUUAUUGUUAAUGGAAAACCUGA